AUCUGCCGGGAGCGGGAGCGGGGCCCGGUGCGGGUGGAGCACGACGAGGCGCUGGGGCAGGUGGCCAUCGUGGCGGACGGCGUGGACAGCAAGACCGCCGUGGACGUGCGGACGCCGGCGAAGUUCGAUUUGGAUAUCAAAACGUCAGGGACUGGCUGCGUGAAGAUUCAGAAAAUAGAAUGUGAUAACUGCAAAAUAGAAACAGAGAAGGGGACUAGUGUCUUGCAGUCAAUAAAGAGCCAGAAAAUUGAUAUACGGACAAAUGGUGGCAAAGUAAUUGGUCUUGGAACACUUUAUGGAAAUACAGAUAUUUGUGCAACAGAAAAGGGGAGUGUAAAUAUAGAGAAGCUGCAGGGGACAACCAUCAAUAUAUCUACUGAAGAUGGGCUGCUGAAAACUAAGUAUCUCUAUGCAGAAUCAGCAUCUCUCUCUUCAGAAUCUGGUGAUAUUAUGCUGGGAAGUGUUCAUGGUAAUACUAACCUACAGACCAAAGCAGGGAGUGUCACAGUAGAUUCAUCAGAUGGAAGUCUAAAAGCUUCUACGUAUCAUGGGACAAUAGAUGUUUAUGUCAGUCAAUUAAGAAAAGUGGAUCUGAAAUCCCAGAAAGGUUCAAUUACGGUCAAGGUACCUGCAUCUCUCAAAGCCUAUUUCGAGCUUUCUGGAAGAAAAGUGGAUGUGAGCUCAGAGAUCCGGUUAAAAGAAGCACACAGUGCCUCCAAAGAUGAUCAUGUAACUCUAAGUGGUCACAUGAAUCAAAGGGAUGAAACAGACAAAUGGAUUAAGGCUGACACACAAAAUGGCAAAGUGUAUCUUAAAAGCCAAAGCUGGAUCCAGUCUGUCAAGCUGAAGAGUUCUUAAAGGUGAAAUAGGCCAAAGAGAUUAAAUCAAGAAAAUACAAAGGAACAUUUCUGUAAAAUUAUGAAACUUUUUGGAUGAAUAUUCUUCAUAUAAAAGAGAAACUAUUAAAAAUGAGAGCAUUUUAACCCAAGACUUGCCUGUGACGGUGCUGGUGCUAAACAGUUUGGUUUACUAUUAGUGCCUUUCAGGAAUGAGAUGAUCUUACAUAUUCAGAAUUUCUAUAACUUAACCCACUUACCAUAUCAGUUUAAAAGCAGGUAGCUUUCAAACGAAAGUUUGGAGUUGUCAUUUAAAGAUGAAAAAAAAGUAUAUUUUUUCAACACUUCCAAGAUGACAUGCUUGCAAGCUCUUGUUACACUUUUAAUUUAAAUGUCUCAAUACCAUGGGGAUUCUGCGGUUUAUGCAAAAUGCAGAGAAUUUUCUUCAACCAAAUUUUGUCUUGGAGAGGAAAAAAAUCACUUUCAGUGUAGUUCUUAUGUGGUCUUCUCAUUUGGUGUUUGAACCCCGAGGAGUUUCUGCCUGGGUGAUGGGUACUCUCUGUGUAAAAAUACUGCUGUGAAGUAGUAGAAGAACUGGCAGAACUUGUACCAUGUCAUCCUGAACCUCUGGUUUGUGGAUAGAAAGAACUCCAGCUACGUCUACCACUGCUCAUCUGCAAAGAAAAGCUUUUAAAAUAAAUAAAAGUGCAAUGGAUCUGGCUGAUUCCAAGGAGGAAGACUUCAACUGGACUUCAGGGGAGAUUCCACGUGAACAUUCCCCUGAAGGAAAAGCUGCUGUAGAAAGGAAGUGUUGCCCUGGUAAAGGAGAACUGGAAUCUCUUUGUUUGCAGUGACUUAAAGCCCUGUCCUGCAAAGCUGCCAGGCAGCUCUUGGAGGCAGCAAGGCAGAGGAGGGAGGUGAGGGGAGCAGGUAGACCCUGCACAAGGGCAGGCCAAAUUUUUGUGGGGGAGAUUCUGUGUUACUGAAAUACAAGCACACAGUAAAGUAAACGGAGCUUUUAAAAGCCUUUCCAUACCUCUCUAUGGCACCUUAUAAAAGCAGCAGUGAAAUUUGUGUUUUGAGCUGAAAUGUAAGAAUCCCUGCCAGCUGAGGUGGUAGUGAGGAGCAGGAGAGAAUUCGGAUUGUCAGCUCAGGCUUUAAGUUUUGUAUAUAGGUGUAUAUACUUUAGGUCAUAAUGGUAAAUUAUGAAAUUAACUUCUCCUUUGCCACAGGAUUCUGCAGGAGGUAUAAUUGCCCCCAGCUAAUGGAAUUCAAGAGUCAAGGACAGCAUAUCUACUGUAAUUCAGGGUGAUUAAAAACUCCACUUCCUGUUUACUGUUGUAUGUACUGUUUGUUGGAGUGAGAUGAGGACUUAUACAUAUGACAAAUUAUAUGUAUUUUUAAU